GUGUGUGCGUCUCUGCUCAGAGGGUCUCUGAAACAUCUGUCCGUCCUCAACAUGUCAAAGUCCGUCUUCUCUCACAGGAAGUGUAAAGAAAUCCCUCCGUCCUUUAAGCAGUUCUUCAGCAGCGUUCAGGCUCUGAGCUGCGUCAGUCUGUCGGGGACGCGACUUCCUCUGGAGGCGCUCAAAGCGCUGCUGUUGGGACUCGGCUGUAACCCGAACCUCAGUGACGUGUCUCUGGAUCUCAGCUGCUGUGAGCUGCGUUCAGGAGGCUCUCAGAUUUUGGAGGGUUGUGUGGCGGAGAUUCCCAACAUCACCAGUCUGGACAUUUCUGACAACGGGCUGGACAUGGACCUGACCACGCUGCUGGUCUGGCUGGCCAAGAACCGCUCCAUCCGACACCUCUCUCUGGGCAAGAACUUCAACAACAUCAAGUCCAAAAAUGUGUCUCAGGUCCUGGACAACCUGGUUCACAUGAUUCAAGAGGAGGAGUCACCGCUGACCUCGCUGUCGCUGGCCGACUCCAAGCUGAAGGCCGACCUCUCCAUCGUCCUCAACGCUCUGGGCAGCAACACGUCUCUCACCAAACUGGACAUCAGUGGGAACGCCAUGGGGGACAUGGGGGCCAAGAUGCUGGCCAAAGCCCUGCAGAUCAACACCAAACUCAG